ACCCUCUCUCUCUCUCUCUCUCUGCAAUUUUUUUUUAAUCUCAAAGCAACCUUUUACCAAACUCUCUCUCUCUCUCUCUCUCUCUCUCUCUCGUUGCAGAAAAUAAAAAAAAAAAAGAGUAAAGUUUCUCUCUCUUUCUUCUUCCAACUACAACCAUUCUACACAAAGACAAACCAGCCUACCUCAAUCCCCCUCCAUUCCAUAUUCCCAUCCAGUUCCGAUCUGUUCGUUGUUUCCCACCUUCGUUUCUCCGAGCGCCAUCCUCAUGGGUUCUCCCAUCUAUGGCGUCUCCUCUACUACUGCCUUCUUACUCUUUUUGAUCUCAACCCUCUGUUCUGCGGCGGCAUUGCCUUCUUCUCCGCCCACUGCGUCCGGCGGCCAAAUCAACUCCAACUCCGUCCUCGUCGCCCUCCUUGAUUCCCAUUACACCGAGCUCGCCGAGCUUGUCGAGAAGGCCCUCCUCCUCCACACCCUCGAAGACAAUGUCAGCUCCCACAACCUCACCAUCUUCGCCCCCAGGAACGAAGCUCUCGAACGCAACCUCGAUCCCGAGUUCAAGCGCUUCCUGCUCGAACCAGGCAACAUCGCCUCCCUCCAGACCCUCCUUCUUUUCCACAUUCUCCCCAAUCGGAUCGGCUCCCUCGACUGGCCCGAUUCCGGCGCCACCGCCCGCCGCCACAAGACCCUCUGCCACGACCAUCUCACUCUGAUGCACAAGAGUUCCGGGGAGAAGUCGGUGGAUCUCGCCGCCGUCGUCCGCCCCGACGACAUCGUCAGGCCCGACGGCGUCAUCCACGGGAUCGAACGCCUCCUGAUUCCUCGCGCCGUGCAGGAGGACUUCAACCACCGUCGCAAUCUCAGGUCCAUCGCGGCGGUGCUGCCGGAGGGAGCCCCGGUUGUGGACCCCCGGACUAAUCGCCUUAAGAAGCCGGCCCCGGUUCCGGCUGGAGCGCCGCCGGUUCUGCCGAUCUACGACGCCAUAGCUCCCGGGCCAUACAUUGCUCCGGCGCCGGCGCCGGGCCCGGACGGCGCGCACCGACACUUCAACGGCGAGAGGCAAGUGAAGGACUUCAUAGAAACCCUCCUCCAUUACGGCGGGUACAACGAGAUGGCGGAUAUUCUGGUAAAUCUGACUUCGCUGGCCACUGAAAUGGGUAGAUUGGUGUCCGAAGGGUACGUCCUCACUGUUUUGGCUCCGAACGACGAAGCGAUGGCGCAACUCACCGCCGACCAGUUGAGCGAGACGGGAGCGCCGGAGCGGAUAGUAUACUACCACUUGUUGCCGGAGUACCAGACGGAGGAGAGCAUGUACAAUACGGUGAAGAGGUUCGGGAAGGUUCAGUACGACACGCUGCGGCUGCCGCACAAGGUGGUGGCGGAGGAGGCUGAUGGGUCGGUGAAAUUCGGGCAGGGCGAUGGGGCGGCGUAUCUGUUCGAUCCGGACAUUUACACCGAUGGGAGGAUCUCGGUGCAGGGCAUCGAUAAGGUUUUGUUCCCGCCGGAGGAGGAGGAGGAGAAGAAGACGGAGACUAAAGCGGCGGCGCCGGCCAAAAUAGUUAAAAAGCAGAGGAGAGGGAGGUUGAUGGAAGCGGCAUGCACGAUGCUAGGAGCUUUUGGGCAGGACUCCCGCUUUGCUUCCUGCCAAUAAACAAAAUAAAAUAAAACCCAUACACUCACCCUGUAAAAAAAAUUUUAUCCACAAGAAGCAAAAAAAAAAAGGAAGGGGGCGUAGAGGAAGGGAGGGAGAGGAGAGAGGAAAUGGUGAGUAGCCGCUAAAUUUGAUGUAGGUGGAGUUUCAAAAUCCGCAAGUGUGAUUUGCUUUGGGGGUGGUGAAUUUUCUUAAUGCUAUAUUGCAUUUUGCUGGUAGGGGUGAUUUGUGCAAUGAAGGAAAAGUGUUCAGAUAUAUUGCAGGCUUUUUCUGGAUGAGAAGAAUCAAAUCUACAUAAAAAGAGGGAGGAGGGGGUGGGGGGGAAUUUUUACUGUAAUUUUUUUUUGUUUUUGUUUUUGUUUUUUAACAUUACAUUACAUUUCAUUACGUUGUUAUAAACAUAAAACGUUACUGCUGUAAUUACCUUUCAUGUUAUUCCAUUUUUUAUUUUAUUAUAUAUAUAAAUAUUUGAAUAUAUAUGUUUGGUUGGGCACAGCCAGAGCCAGUUAGCCAGCUGUAUCCACUGCUCCUCCCCUCGCAUCUCUGUACUGCUUCUGAGUUACUGUGUCUUCUUUUUGUUUUUCUCAUAUUAUAUAUAUAUGGACUUUUGGAU